AUGAGCUGCCACAUAUGCUGUCAAACUCCAUCGUCGCGGACGCGCUAUUUCUGCCCCACAUGUGCUCGCAACCGGCUCUACCACUUGCGGGUUCAGCAUGCCAGCGUGCUUCUGGAGAAAGAGUCCAUAGGGAGACAGAUUGAGGAUGCGACCGUGUCCAAGGAUCUUGACGGACUGUCCCCAGACAGAAUUACGAGAAAUCGCUCAAAUUCUCAGGGUAUAGACUCCAAUAUUCUGACCAUACAAGCCAUCACAAAUGAGAAAGCCAAGUCGUCAGGGCGAAUUACCCUCAUAUCAAACGAGAUUGAAAGACUCCGCUCGGACCUCAAGAGGAAGCAACUUGAGGUCUCCCAGCGCCGUCUAACAUUGGCACAAAGACACUCUGAUGCUGAAUCCGCGACCUACCAGAUAGCAGACAGAGAGGAGACAACCCUGGCUGGCAUUCAGAACACUACCAAGAGGACAGACCACUUGUGGCAUUCGCUGCACAGCAAGACGGCAGAGGAUCGCGCAACUCCUCAACAAAUCUCAACAUCGUUCGGUCACGUUUCCCACCUCCUCGUCCUUGUUUCGCAUUACCUGUCUCUCAGACUACCAGCCGAAAUUACCCUCCCCCAUAGGAACUAUCCCAACGCUACAAUAUAUCCGCCCUCGGGUUCCUACCUUCUUCGUGAUCCUGCCUCAACACCGCCUACUUCGCAACCGGCGCCCUCAAGUCCAGGUGCGUCCCGAACAGCAGACUUGCGCUCGCAUUUCCCACGACCUCGUCCUCUUUCUAUUGACCGCUCUCUUCCGCGACUCGCUCGAGAGGAUCCUGCGGCAUACGCUCUUUUUUUGGAAGGGGCCGCCCUAUUGGCGUGGGAUGUAUCUUGGGUAUGCCGCACGCAGGGGCUUAAUUUGGCUUCUGACUCUUGGGAAGAAGUGUGCAAUGUCGGCAAGAACCUGUGGCAGCUACUCGUUGCUCCCCCUGCACCAGCAGGAACCCUCAUGAGAGCAUUCGCUGGGCGGGAUAUACAAACGAAGAUGAAACUUGCAAAGGAUUCACCCAAAACUACCAUUCAACGAACUAAAUCGUUUCCAAUGAUGGGGCAUUACUCUCACGGGACCGUGCACUCCUUUCUGGGUGCUUCCGAGGGCACGGAGUUUGUGCGAACGUGGCGACUCCCAACGCCCACGAAAAUUGUAGACAAGCUCAAGUCAUGUCUGUUGGGAGAGAUGGCAAGCGCUGAGUGGGAGCUGCUGGAGGAGAAGGAAUGGGACGACGCGUCCCAAGAGGAACCAAGCCAGCCUCCGGGGCACACCCAUAAUGACCUUGCGAGCAAACCUCACCCUGGCGGUCGUCGUGAGUCUAAUGAUGGUCACCGUGAUGCAGUUGUUGACAAGGCCCUUAUCGCAACUACCGCUCGAUCCGGUCAGAAUAAUGAUGAGGUGGGGGGUUCGAAUCAUACAAAUAAUUCGAGGCGGCUCAAGGGAACGAGUGGAUGGACGAAGCUACGAAAUAGAUAG